AAAGGCAGAGCCUUUUCCUGUUCUGACACAAACUCUCCCACUCUGCCUUCAUAUGGGAAUGGCAAAGAGGACAGUGUCACUUCUGCUUCUGCUGUUAUAUGGAGCUUGUGUCACAGCUCAAGUCUGCAGAAUGCUGAGCCAUCCAGUUCUGCCGCUAUUUUCUAAUGAAAGAGACAUCAACAUUGGGGCAGUUUUCUCACUCCACGGAAGUGUUGUGUUAAAGAUAUAUCCUUUCACUUCCAAACCAGAACCAACAAAAUGCAUCAGCUUAAACUUGCGUGAGUUUAAAUUUGCUCAGACUCUGAUUUUUGCCAUUGAGGAGAUUAACAACAGCACACAACUGUUGCCUGGUGUCACUUUGGGCUAUAAAAUAUAUGAUGCCUGUGGCUCUGUAUCUCAGACUGUCUUAUCAAGCAUGGCUUUAAUGAAUGGCUAUGAAGAGACUUUGCAUGAUGAGUCCUGUACUAAACCACCAUUUGUUCAUGCCAUUGUAGGAGAAUCAAGCUCUUCUCCCACUAUUGGUAUGGCCUCUUUAGUAGGCCCAUUCAGCAUCCCUGUUAUCAGUCAUUUUGCCACAUGUGCAUGCAUGAGUGACAGAAAAAGAUUCCCAUCCUUCUUCAGAACAAUACCCAGUGAUUAUUACCAAAGCAAAGCACUGGCUCAGCUUGUCAAACACUUCGGCUGGACUUGGGUUGGAACGGUGAGGAGUCGCAACGACUAUGGUAACAAUGGAAUUGCAGCAUUUGAAAAGAUGGCAGAACAAGAGCGAAUUUGUAUUGAAUACUCAGAGGCCAUAUUUAGAACUGAUUCACAAGAGCAGCUCCUAAAGACACUGGAAGUGAUUAAAAAAGCAACAGCCAGGGUGGUGGUGGCUUUUAUCUCAUCUGCAGAUUUUAUUCCCAUCCUGAAAUUAAUAGCACAAGAGAACAUCACUGGGCUGCAGUGGGUCGGCAGUGAAUCCUGGAUCACUUCUCGAGUUAUAGCCGACAAAAAAGAAUUCAGUUUUCUCACAGGAGCUGUGGGCUUCGCUGUAGUGAACACCAACAUCAAUGGCCUACGGGAGUUUCUAGUAGCUGUGCACCCUGAUCAAGAACCAAAAAAUGAACUUUUGUUGGAAUUUUGGGAAACUGUUUUUCAGUGCUCUUUGAGAAACACAGGCAGUGGAACACGUGUCUGAACUGGCUCAGAACACUUAACAGAACUACAAAAUGAAUAUACUGAUGUAUCAGAACUGCGCAUAGCAAAUAAAGUGUACACAGCAGUGUAUGCUAUCGCACAUGCACUACAUAAUUUAAUAAAUGAUGUCAAAUCUGCCACCAACAUCAGCAAAGGAGAUCUGCCAACACCACUGAAGGUGUUGGAGUAUAUUAGAGAUGUAAAUUUCACUGUCAAAACUGGUGAGAACAUCUUUUUUGAUGCGAGUGGUGAUCCAGUGGCAAAAUAUGAUCUGGUGAACUGGCAGCCUGCUGAAGAUGGAAGUCUGCAGUUUAAACUUGUUGGUGUGUAUGACAGCUCACUGCCUUCAGAGACACUCCUUCAAGUUGAUCAAGAAAACAUGGUAUGGGCUGAAAACAGCAACCAGGUGCUUGUGUCUGUGUGCAGUGAGAGUUGUCCUCCAGGCACUAGGAAGGCUGUACAGAAAGGAAGACCUGUCUGCUGUUAUGACUGUAUUCCAUGUGCAGAUGGAGAAAUCAGUAAUGAGACAGAUUCUAGUGACUGCUUUCCUUGUGAUUUGGAGUAUUGGUCCAAUGAAAACAGAAACAGAUGUGUAUUAAAAGUUAUUGAAUUCCUUUCCUAUACAGAAAUCAUGGGGAUUGUGCUUUCUAUUUGUUCUGUCAUUGGAGCAUUAUUAAGUAAAAUGGUAUCUUUUGUGUUUUAUCUUAAAAAAGAAACACCUAUCGUGAGAGCCAACAACUCAGAGCUGAGCUUCCUGCUGCUCUUUUCAUUGGCUCUGUGUUUUCUCUGUUCACUUACUUUCAUUGGUCGCCCCACUGAGUGGUCCUGUAUGUUACGUCACACAGCGUUUGGGAUCACUUUUGUCCUCUGUAUCUCCUGUGUUCUGGGAAAAACAAUAGUUGUGCUAAUGGCCUUUAAGGCCACACUUCCAGGAAGUAAUGUCAUGAAAUGGUUUGGGCCUGUACAACAGAGACUCAGUGUUGUUUCUCUAACUUUAAUACAGGUCAUAAUUUGUGUGCUUUGGUUAACAAUAUCUCCUCCUUUCCCACAUAACAACAUGAACUAUUACAGAGAAAAGAUCAUCCUAGAAUGUCAUGUAGGUUCUGAUGUUGGUUUCUGGGCUGUUCUUGGUUAUAUUGGUCUGUUAUCAAUCUUGUGUUUUGUUUUAGCCUUUCUGGCUCGGAAGCUGCCUGAUAACUUCAAUGAGGCUAAAUUCAUCACAUUCAGUAUGCUCAUAUUCUGUGCUGUGUGGAUCACAUUUAUACCAGCUUACAUCAGUUCUCCUGGAAAAUUUACUGUAGCCAUGGAGAUAUUUGCUAUUUUAGCUUCGAGCUUUGGUUUGUUAUUUUGUAUAUUUGCCCCCAAAUGUUACAUAAUUUUGUUAAAACCAGAGCAAAAUACAAAGAAAAAUAUGAUUGGAAAAACAUGAACAUGAACAUGCAAUUUGACAAUGCUGAAAUAAAAUGAAGCACAUUUCUGUCAUCAACACAAGUAAACAACAGUAAAACGUAAUAAAACAUGUUUCGUUUUUUCUUUUGUAUGGCUUAAUAAAUCCUUCAAGCACAAAUGUAGUAUGUGUGGUUCUGGCUUGGCAGUCUAAGGUUCAUGACUGGAAAAGGUUGAAUUUUAUGGCCUUGACAAACAUCAAAAUCACACACACUAUAGUGACUGUACAGUAAAUGCAUGUAUAUACAGGUCUUAUCAUGUAUAUUAUGGUGGCUACAUAUAGCAAUACAUCUGUUAGGGUUGUCUGACCCAUGAGUUCUGCUCUUCACAGGCUGUGGCAGGCUCUGCAGUGUAGGACGGAUCAGGACUGGACACAAUGGACUCUCACUGACCAUCUCCAUCACAGCCAUAUUCUGGACCUACGUUGUCUAUUGCCUAAUUAAAAAUGACAUCGAUUUUUUGCAUUUAAAAACAAGUGGAAAUGCAAUUUAAUAGCCUUCAUGUAUAUUAUGUAAACUUUACAAUAACUUAUUUUGCAAUAACUUCAUAAACACUUCUUAAUGGAGAAAAGUGUUUUGUAAGGCAGCUGGAAAAGUGUUUGUAGUGUUGGGUCACAAAACAAUAAAACCACAUUCUUUGCUAGAUCCUGAGGAAUGGUAUCCUGCCCUGUCUAGGGGUUGCUGAUACCCAGGUACUGAACCCCCUAUCCUAAUCACACAUCUCCCCUUCAUCUCUUCAGGCCCUGAGUAAUGGAAAUGUGCUUACACAUACUGUGUAUAUCAUUUAUUGUCAUGUUGUGAAGACUUGAUCAUCACGUUCGUUAUCAUUUUAAAGGUCAUAAUGCGAUGGGUAGACGGGUCUAAUUCCUUCAAACCUAACAGUGUAUUAGAGCUUUUUAACUUAUGGACAUAAAUUGCACUCCUCUAAGAGGUGUGGCUUUCUCAGGGAAUCUUGUCUACAGAUAGAUUGCGAUGCCAUUUGGAGCUCUCUUCAGUCACGAGAAACCAAACAAACUAAAUUGCACAAUGACUAUUGCAGUUAUGACUCUUUGUUUCGUCUGUGUAUAUAAGCCUGGCAAAAGACUCGGGAAAGCAUCUGUAACCAGAACUUCCCUUCUGCUGACCUCCGAAACAGACAAAGAGCUGCUCAGAGCUUCUGGGCUCUGCGUGUGGUCCAAGUAGAGGCGCAGUGCGCGUACUGGACACAACACGGAUAGGUUGGGUCUUCCUCCCCGGUGGGAAGCGCCUGCAGGUUCACCACCUGGUCUCUCGGAAGAGUGGUGGGAACUUUGGGCACGUAGCCGGGACGGGGUCUCAAGAUAACGUGAGAAUCCCUGGGCCCGAGUUCUAGGCAAUCUGUGGACACGGAGGGUGCUUGCAGGUCCCCUACCCUCUUGGAGGUGAGCGCCAUCAGGAGAGCCGUCUUUAUCGAGAGUGAGAAAGAGCGGCAGCUCCGAGAGGCUCGAAGGGGGCGGGGCCUCUUGAGGCCCGCCACGUAGGUCGCAAGAGGGUACGGAGCGCGGAUAAGGUGGUCGCCUUCUCGCGCCCCUUAGGAACCUAAUGACCAGGUCGUGCCGUACCAGAGGCUACCCAGCAACUGGGUCAUGAUGAGCGGCCGUAGCGGCUACAUACACUCCCAGAGUGGAGGGGGAGAGGUUACUCCCCAGUCUCUCUUGAGGAAGGGACAGCCCGUUCCCGAUCGAGCAACUCCGCGGGUCUUCUCGCCGAGAAGAGCACCAGGACGAGAAGAGGCGCCACUUAUGGGCGUAUAGCCGCCCAGUGGCCGAGGCCCUAGCCUGAGUGACAUCCUAACCAGACCGGGGGUGGGUCACUCAGGAUCUCCUCGUCCCAUCCAGACAUGGAGUCCAGGUUCUGCCUGGGAUGCCGUAACGUGCACCUUCCCCUGGGGAAGCAGGAUAUUCGCCAGGGGAAUCGGCCAGGGUGGAGUUGUUGUCAGAAGCACCAGCUUUGAGAACCAAGUCCGGUUGGGCCAGUAAGGCGCAACUAGUACCACUUGAUGCUCCUCUUCCCUGACCUUGCACAGGGUCUGUGCGAUGAGGCUCACUGGGGGGAAGGCUUACAUUUGCUUGUCCCGCGGCCAGCUGUGCGCAAGGGCAUCCGUGCCGAGGGGUGCCUCGGCCAGGGAGUACCAAAGCGGACAAUGGGUGGAGUCCGGGGAGGCAAACAGGUCCACCUGUGCCUGGCCGAACUGCUCCCAAAUAAGCUGGACUGCGCAGGGAUGGAGUCGCCACUCUCCGCGAGGCGUCGACUGAUGAGAGAGCGCAUCUGCUGUCUGGUUCAGGACGCCCGGGAUGUGUGUGGCUCGCAGGGAGCUGAUCACCUGCUGACUCCAGAGGAGGAGGCGUCGGGCGAGUCGUGUUAGCUGCCGUGAGUGAAUGCCACCCUGACGAUUGAUAUACGCCACGGCAGCUGUGCUGUCCGACUGGACCAGCACAUGCCUGCCCUGCAUGAGAGGUUGUAGCCUCCUCAGUGCAAGUAGCACAGCCAACAACUCUAGGCAGUUGAUAUGCCAACGCAGGCGGGGGGCCCGUCCAUCGCCCCGACACUGCGUGCCCAUUGCACACGGCACCCCAAACCUGCAGGGAGGCAUCCGUCAUCACUACGACGUGCCUUGACACCUGCCCUAGGGGGACCCCUGUCCGCAAAAAGGUCAUGGAAGACCAGGGGGUUAGGGUGCGCCGGCAGAAAGGCGUGAUGACCAUACGCCUGCUGCCGGUGUGCCACGCUCUCCAACGAACUCGACUCUGUAGCCAGUGCUGGAGCGGUCACAUGUGCAUCAACCCGAGGGGGACCACCCCCACCGAGGAUGCCAUGUAACCCAGGAGCCUCUGAAAUUGUUUCAGGGGGACCGCUGAUUGUCUGAAAAGCUUCAGGCAAUUCAACACUGACUGGGCGACCUCUGUAGUCAGUCGCGCUGUCAUGGAGACAGAGUCGAGUUACACACCGAGAAAGAGGAUGCUCUGCACAGGAGAGAGCUUGCUCUUUUCCCAGUUGACCUGUAGCCCCAACCGAUCUAGGUGCCGGAGCACCAGGUCCCUGUGUGUACACAACAGAUCUCGCGAGUGUGCCAAGAUUAGCCAGUCGUCGAGAUAGUUCAGUACCCGCACACCUCUUUCCCUGAGGGGAAGGAGGGCGGCUUCCACGAUCUUCGUGAAGACAUGUGGAGACAGGGACAGACCAAAGGGGAGGACCCUGUACUGAUAUGCCCGCCCCUCGAAAGCGAACCGUAGGAACGGCCGAUGACGAGGGAGGAUUGAGACAUGAAAGUACGCGUCCUUCAGGUCAAUUGCCAUGAACCAAU